AUGGCUUAUCGAUCUUCAACCGAGUCAGAUGGACGCCAUCGAUCAGGAUCCAAAUCUUCGUCCGAAUCCUCCCAGCUAACUCCAUUGCAAGAUGGUUUCACUCCCCUCAGCUCCUCUGCGCCUCCGGGCUGGGGCUUUAACACCUCCACGGUGGCGUCUAUCUCUUCCAUUGUUCCUUCAGGUCCGCUUCCAAGCUCUAGUGCCGUCACCUCACCAUUGCAUACGUCGAUAGACACCUCAACUCGGAACGUUCGAAAUGAUGCAACAGAUACCCCAUUCCUUGCCUCGCCCCUGCCAUUAGAGUUACCAGAAUCGGUAAUGGGCAUAGGAACGCAAUCAACCUUCACAGACGGACCUUUAGGAAACGUUGCAUUCAACAAAGCGCCUGGCAUAAUGCGGCGACUGUCUAGGGGUGCUGCUAGCAAGCUUGGUCGGCGAGGAUCGCUAAAUUCCCAUGAUAAACGAGAUCAUAGCUCGGGUCCCGUUAUUAUGCGCAGAAGAAGUGAUAGUAAGACAUCAGUUUCCAAAGAUAGCGCACUCGAUUCUAGUGUUGAGGAGGACGACAAACCUGACCCUCUUAAGCCCCGGUGUGGACCGGAUCGAGUUUCAUUUGGCGACGAAUACCGACUUUCUCUGGAUAGCACCGCAGGGGUUGCCCCGAGAGUGGAUCCUCUUUUGCAAUGUGGUUCACUUCUCACAAAAGUAACGAAGCAAAGAAAGAAAUAUAAGACUUUCUUUCUGGACGUUGACACUGCGAAGGUGUAUUGGGACCUCUCAAACCCAUCCAAACGAUUUUAUAUCGAUGAUAUCAAAGAAAUAAGAUUGGGUCCAGACGCGCGGAACUAUCGAGAGGAACAUCAAGUUCCUAUCGAAUUUGAGAGCCGCUGGUUUACGAUUAUUUUCGCCAACCCCGAAGGAUCGAAGAAUAGGCCAGUCAAGGCGCUGCAUUUGAUAGCACCAACUCGGUUCAUCGUUGAAUUGUGGACUACGACUCUGGAACAAAUUUCCAGAUAUAGAAUUGGACUUAUGGUUGGGUUAGCCGGCUCUGGUCAAAGUGAAACUAUAUUAAAGGCUCACUGGCAGCGUGAAAUUGCUCGAAGAUUCCCUGGGAGCCCAAGACCUUUUGAAGACGAAUGCCUCGACGUUGGCGCUGUUGAAAAUCUCUGCCAUAGCCUCCAUGUCAAUUGUUCGAAACGAGUUCUACGUGGUCAAUUUGCGAGAGUUGACGCAGACGGGAGGGGGAAAAUAAAUUUCUCUCAAUUCCAAAGCUUCGUUCAACAUCUAAAAGAUCGCAAGGACAUAAGGAAGAUUUUCGAUUCUGUAGUCGCUGAGAGCAGGGACGGCCUAAGUAUUGAGGAGUUCUUUGAGUUCCUUCGCAGUGCACAGGGAGAAGAUGUCGAUAAGAAUAGGGAUUAUUGGGCAUCGGUUUUCGAAAGAUUUGUUCGAAGAUCCAGGCGUUCACAAAGCCUUCCAGAGGCUCUAUCUAGCUCGGCUGCACGCAUGGAUCUUGAUGCUUUCUCGUCUUUUUUGAUAUCUCCUGCGAACGGUAUAUAUCCAACCCAUGUACCCCCGCCGAAGUUUGAUCUGCCUUUAAACGACUACUUCAUCUCAAGUUCACACAACACAUACCUACUUGGAAGGCAAGUUGCUGGUGCUUCGAGCACGGAGGCGUAUAUCGCUGCACUUCAAAAAGGCUGCCGCUGCGUCGAAAUUGAUUGCUGGGAUGGUCCAGAUGGCCGUCCGAUCGUCUCUCAUGGCAGGACAAUGACCACGAGUGUCCUCUUUGCGGACUGCAUAUCUGUCAUCGACCGUUAUGCCUUCCUAUCUUCCGACUAUCCUUUGAUCUUAUCGCUUGAGGUUCACUGUAACGCGGAACAACAAAUAGCCAUGACCAACAUCAUGAAGAAUGAAUUUGGCGACAAACUUCUACUUGAACCGCUUCGGGCAGAUUGGCCGAUUCUUCCAAGCCCGGAGGCAUUGAAGGGUAAAAUUUUGAUCAAAGUGAAAACGUCUGACGAAAGUGAGGAAAAAAUCUCCGGUUCUAGUAAAGUUAUGGGCCGCAAACGAAGCUCGAGCUCCCCUUUCAUACAGUCGACCACCCAAAAUUCAUUUCCUACAAAUUCUUCGUUCUCGUCUCCACCGACAAUCGGCCCAAUCGAUGGACUACCCCCGGUGUUAACUCAACCGAAGCGUUCUCUGACUGGUACUAGUCUGAGUAGUGCUUCCGAGGAGAGUGAUGCAGCUUUUGCCACAAUGCCAUUUCCUGGUAAGAGGAAGAUGCCCAAAAGCAGAGUGAUCAAAGUUCUCGCAGAUCUUGGUGUCUACGCUCGUGGCUAUAAAUGGCGAGGCUUUGAUACGCCGGAAAGCAAACAAUUCAAUCACGUAUAUUCCUUUGCUGAACGGUCUAUUGAAACAAUAUGCCGAGACUCUGAAAACAAAGCUCUUCUAGAAGCACACAAUCGAUUGUAUCUCACAAGGGUCUACCCGUCAGGGUAUCGAUUGCGUUCAUCGAACUUUGACCCAAAUAGCUUCUGGAGACGAGGUGUUCAGAUGGCUGCACUCAAUUGGCAGACUUUUGAUGUUGGAAUGCAAAUGAAUCAAGCCAUGUUUGCCGCUGGCAAUGAUCGUACAGGAUACGUGCUCAAACCGGAAAGCUUGCGAGUACCACCAUCGUCAAGGCAUACAAUGGAUGGCAAGCCAAAGAUCGACAGACAAUUGGUUCGUUUCCGCGUGGAUGUGAUUUCUGCUCAGCAGCUUCCUCGAUCUCGAGGAAUGGGGCCUGAUGAUAGCAUCAAUCCGUACAUCGAGAUCGAAAUACUGUGUGCAGAUGAUAAGAAGAAAGGUAUGGCAUUCGGCGAAGGUGGUGUGGAUGCGUCGAACCGAAAUGGAUUUUCGGGCAUUGGCCUUCCUCACCGUCGUCGAACACAGAUUGAGCAGAAAAAUGGCUUCAAUCCGAUCUUCGGGGACGAGUUUAAAUUUUCUCUGGAAACUAAAUAUCCAGAUCUCGUCUUCGUUCGCUGGAUCGUGUGGAACUCCACCGACGGCCGUAGUUUUGGGGGUAACAACAGCAUACAGCUAGCUACAUUCACAGCAAAGCUUAGCAGUCUGGCGCAAGGCUAUCGAUAUCUGCCUCUUUAUGACAGCAACGGCGAUCAGUACCUAUUUUCAACGCUAUUUUGCAAAAUCACCAAACUCGAAUCUGCCCCAGCUGCGCAACGGCGCGACAAUGAAGAAUCCAAAAGCGAACGAAAGGGUAUCUUUCGACAACUUGGCCAGUCGAUGUUCAAGCGUGCUCUCUCGACCGAACGAGAGAAAGAUGUUGCUCGACAGAAAAGCAGACUCACUGGCAGCAUUCGAAAACCAGAUUCGUUGAACCGAGAGAAGAAUGAGACAUCAUCAUCAUCGUCAUCAUCAUCUCUCCCUAUCCUCAGCACUGUCCCAUCAGGUCAGUGAGUGUGGGUUUGCUGCUCUGCCACUUUGUUGGUUUUUCAAAAGUUUGAUAGACUAGAAGUAAGUGGUUGAGGAGCAAGACUCAUAACAAAAGAAAAGCAAGAAAAGCAGUCGUGAUUUCCCACCCCGCGUUUAAUGACACGUGAUGACCAUUUGUUCGUUGCUGGCUCGUUUUCAAAAAAGGAACGGUGUUUAAAUAUGUGUGUAUCUAUGUGUAUCUAUGUGAAAAG